AUCCACGACGCCGCAGCGGGCGGCCACCUCGACGUCGUGAAGUGGCUGCACGGGCAGGGCGUGCCCCUCACCGCCGCCGACAACGACGGCUGGCAGCCCAUCCACUUCGCCGCUAAGAACGGCCACCUCGAUGUCGUGCAGUGGCUCGUCGGGCAGGGCGUGUCCCUCACUGCCGCCACCAACGACGGCCGGCAGCCCAUCCACUUCGCCGCAGCGGGCGGCCGCCUCGACGUCGUGAAGUGGCUGCACGGGCAGGGCGUGCCCCUCACCGCCGCCAACAACGACGGCGGGCAGCCCAUCCACGCCGCCGCACGCUACAGCCACCUCGACCUCGUGAAGUGGCUGCACGGGCAGGGUGCC